UAGGUCUACAGGGGGUCAGUGAAGGAUUUCCCAGGCUUUGAUGCCAGCCAGGAUGCAGAGGCCUUGUACAAUGCCAUGAAGGGAUUUGGCAGUGACAAGGAGGCCAUCCUCGACCUCAUCACGUCCAGAAGCAACAAGCAGCGAGUGGAGAUCUGUCAAGCCUACAAGUCCCAAUAUGGGAAGGACCUCAUCGCAGACCUCAAGUACGAGCUGACAGGGAAGUUUGAGCGGUUGAUCGUGAGCCUGAUGCGGCCCCCAGCUUACAGUGAUGCCAAGGAGAUCAAAGAUGCCGUUGCGGGCAUCGGCACAGAUGAGAAGUGCCUCAUUGAGAUCCUCGCCUCCCGCACCAACCAGGAGAUCCAUGACCUGGUGGCUGCCUACAAAGAUGCCUAUGAGAGAGACCUGGAGGCUGACAUCGUUGGAGACACAUCAGGCCACUUCAAGAAGAUGCUCGUCGUUUUGCUUCAGGGCACCAGGGAGGAGGAUGAUGUGGUGAGCGAGGACCUGGUGGAGCAGGAUGCCAAGGACCUGCUGGAAGCUGGUGAGCUGAAAUGGGGCACAGACGAGGCCCAGUUCAUCUACAUCCUUGGCCGGAGAAGCAAGCAGCACCUCCGCCUGGUCUUUGAUGAGUACCUGAAGAUUUCUGGGAAGCCGAUUGAGAGAAGCAUCCGGGGAGAGCUCUCUGGUGACUUUGAGAAGCUGAUGCUGGCCGUGGUGAAGUGUGUCAGAAGCACAGCGGAGUAUUUUGCUGAAAGGCUCUACAAGGCCAUGAAGGGCCUGGGCACAAGAGACAACACACUGAUCCGCAUCAUGGUGUCCCGCAGCGAGAUCGACAUGCUGGACAUCCGGGAGGUGUUCAGGACCAAGUAUGAGAAAUCUCUCUACAACAUGAUAAAGGAGGACACCUCUGGGGAGUACAAGAAGGCCUUGCUGAAGCUGUGUGGAGGAGACGAUGAGUAA